AUGGACAUAUCAAGGAACUGUCCGGUGGCAUGGCAAGGGCAGUACACUCGAGGCGACAAGGGUCAUCCCACAAUCAUGCUUGAAGCGGACAGGGCUCCUAAAGUAGAGUUUACGGUGAAUGGCCGCCACUUUGGAAAGGGAUAUUACCUAGCUGAUGGUAUAUAUCCUGAAUGGGCCACCCUUGUCAAGUCUUUCAAGUGCCCGAUGGAGCCGAAAACCACCAAGUUCAAGAGAUACCAAGAAGCUGCAAGGAAGGAUCUCGAGGGAGCAUUCGGGGUUCUUCAAGGUCGUUUCCAGAUUGUUGAGCAACAAGCCCGAGCCUACAAUGUAAACAAGAUAAAACGUAUCAUGUUAUGUUGUGUGAUUAUGCACAACAUGAUCGUUGAAGAUAACGGGCGCGCAAUCACAACGUUUGAAGAAGAGUUAAUAGCUAAUACUAUCCUCCCAACUCGCACAUGGAAUGAAAGGUGCACAGCUUCGGAUGUACGGGGAGUUACGCGAUAG